GGAGGCUCAAAUUUCAAGUGAUAAGUUGUCCCCAUUGUCGGUGGGCUAUUUAGCACGGAGACCUAACCUGUCGAACCCAAACUGUGGAGAGCUGGCACCAAAGGGAAGGAUUUAGGAUUUCGCCAUGGACGCCUCAAACUGCUUCUGGAUUGCUUUAUUUCUUGUGUCAGCGAUGACAAGUGACGUUGGAGUAUUUGGUCGAGCGGUGGACUCCCACGGGUUUCUGUCACGAUCGUCAAAAACUGCAGAAGAAUCAUCUGAAGUAACUUUACGCAUGGACAUGUUGAAGCGAGGGACCGCGGAAGCGCAAAGGGAUCAAUGCGCAAAGCUAGCGGCCCCUUGGCUGGAAAACACGCUGAAUACUACGAGGGACGAUGUGACCCUGCUAAAACUCCGCGUGCGGCCGUUUUCUCUUGGGGCCUCACGGGGUUUGGUUUUCCCUGGAAAGUCUCUUUUCAGCUUGGUCAGACAGGUUUAUCGCUGCUGUCAAGAGGGAGUAAAUUGCAGGAGCGUUAAAGGGAUUCAAGGCCGACUGAGAGGAGAUGCAGAUUUGGAGUUUGUCGUCACCAGGGAGAUUUUAUCACUGGCAGUUUUUGGAGCCGAGCUUCACUUCCAGCUUUCUAAUCCACAACAUCUGGAAAUCCAACCCUUGAUUCCAUUUAUGGCAAAGCACAACCUUCCUACCAGGUACACUUUGAAGUUGCUGGGUGACAUGGUGGAGCUGAGAGUGGAUCUGCUGUUCCUUUUUCAAACUCUGCAUGAGAUGGCAGGUGGUGCCAGACCAGGUCCCAGCUUGGUAAACAUGAGACGGGCUGUACUCCUCUCCAGUGAGGAAUCACCAGGUGAAAAGCCCUCUUUAGGGGCUCUGCAGGACACAGCUGGUGAUGCAUGGGGUGAAGGGCUCACCAACACACUGCCAGCUCUGGAUCUGGGCUUGAUCCUGGGCUGCAGUUGGGCUGGAUCGGGUGUGCCGUGUAGAACUGGUGGUGUUCGCCUCACACACGCGCCCUUCAUUGCUCUGUAUUACAGAUCAAGAUGAACUUUCUGUGAAGACAUCUGUCUCAAAACUUCAAAGGAAUUGAUGCACUUUGUCAAAGCUAUUUAUAAAUGUUGUGCAAGCUAUACAUAUAUAUAUUAAUAUGUAAAUAUGAUGUACUAAAAGUUUAUUUAGCCUUUACUGAGAAAAGUUAACAGUGGCUCAUGCCAAAUAUGUGUGUCCUCUUUAAUUAUUAAACCAGGUUCAGUCCACUUUAUUCAGCUGUUUGACAUAUUUAAGAUAUGCGUUUCUAUUUAAAGAUGUUUAUAUAGUUGCUGGGAAAAGUUGGUUGACGGGGGGGAACACCUGAACAAACAAAGAACUGGUACAUGUGAUGUAGACAUGCUGAACUAUGCUAACAUCUCUGUUAAUUUGUCAGGAAAUAUGUUUCAAGUAUUGAGUAUUCAAAAUUUCACAAAGCCGCAUAAUUAAAAGGCCCAUCUUUUGUCUGUUAAAUAUAUAAGAAAUCCUCAAAACAUGAUCAGCACCAACGCAAGGAUCUCCAAAAAAAAACAAAAAAAAACAACAGCAACACAUUCUGAUAAAAUAGCACAUUUAUUAAAAAGAGACAGCAUUUUUCAGCAUUUCCCAUUUUGCAGAGAUAUGCCACAUCUAUGUCAGAAGAUCGGGGGUCUAGCAAAUAUCUGUGUCCACCCUUGAAGGAGCAGUUAUUUAUCCAAGACAUACAUGUAUCUACAGUAUGAUGGGAGCUGUAAUGCACACUCUUUCCAUCUCACAGAUCACACUGUGUAAGUGGAAGCAGACCUUGUUUGAGGUCUUGGUCUAGAUGACAAAGAUGGCUGUUUAUCAGUUUAAAUAUGUCACAUCUUCAGUUGCUUUGAAAAAGAAAAAAA